CAUAGUUCCUCGGAAGAAAAAGCUAACGCCGGAGAAAGUUCAAAGCGAUCGCCGUCAUGGUUUGGUGCACCCAUGAGCGAAUAUUUUUGCGCUGCCUUUGCUCGGCUGAAGUAGGGCACCGCACUGGGAGAUGCUUCCAAGCGCGCGUGUGAUCAUUAGGCGGUCAGUGCGGCAUACAAUGUGGCGCGUUGUAGAAGGCCACUUUCUUUCUUUCUUUCUUUUUUUUCUGCAAAAGUGGUGUGGUCUUCUGAGUUUGUCUAAAGACAAUUGUCAUAUAAAUGCCUCUUCUUUGUAGCUCACUGCCACUGGUUGCACAUAUACUGCAGCCGCUGUGCAAGCGUUGCAAAAGCCGCAGCUUUGAUGUGCUCUGCGUAAAGUUGUGCAUCGAUUGUACGCGGCAGCGAUCUGGGGGUGCCGGCAUGUAAAGUCAAGUUUGGCGGGCAAUUGGAAACGUAUCAUUUAUCCAAUUGAAACGUUGCCGGUAGGCUGCCAUUGCUGUCGCUUUCGUCUGGCAACGAAAAUUGAUUUUCCCAUUUUCAAAUUUAGAGCCAUCGAACCUCCCUGUUGCAGUUGAUAUUGGUGCAUCUGUGCUUGUAUGGCGCUAGUUCUCAUAUCGAUCCUAUAAUAGCCUUGUUUGCUCACGCUCGAUCCGGUGCCGUGUUUUCAUUGAAGCCUCCGGCUUCCGCAUUGAUCGCAGCAUGACAUGUGCUUCAUUUUCCCACGGUACUUUCCUUGCAGGCGCUUUUUGCGUGUUCUGUAUGGCCGAAAAAAUGGAGCUUAGAAAGAGCUUGAGAAGGAAGUUCUCAGGGAACAUACGUUCUCCUGUUGUAAGAAGAGAUAGCCAGGCUGAAGUCGUACUCAAAGGUUGGCUUUACAAACUUGAGGGAGCGACAAUAAAACAGUGGAAGAAACGCUGGUGCAUCCUUUCAGAGUACUGCUUGUUCUAUUAUAAAGGACCUGAUGAAGAGAAGUGUUUAGGCUCCAUUUUACUCCCAAGCUACAAAAUCAGGCCGUGCACAGCUGACGACAAGGUGUCCCUGAAGCAUUCGUUUGUGGCUGAGCACCAGAACACGAAGACAUACUAUUUUGCUGCCGAGAACAAUGCCAGUAUGUGUCAGUGGAUGAAUUCCAUGUCCCUCGCUUCUCUCAUGCAAAAGGACACUGACCGCAGCCGCCAAACACUGCCGUUGCACGGGAUGCAAGCUGCAGCUAAUGCCUCUCAGGGCAUUCCACCUGACUACCACUUCUCACCACAUGUAGCACCCCAGAGACCUGGCAUGCAACAACCUCAGCGUCCCUCUGACGAGUCCUUCGAAGUUGAGGCCUACUCUGCAGGGGCAGCCCCAGACGGUCAUUAUCUGGGCAGUGGGGAUCAAUACCCAUGCUCUUACACUCGUAGCCCCAUUUACGACCAGCGGCCUCCACCUGCUGCCCCUCGACAGCGCCCAUGCUAUCCAGUGUAUGCCAAUGCACCUCCCAAGCCUCUCCGACAUGGUGCAACAUCUCCAAAUGUUGCCGAAGGUGGUGGCUAUGAUGCCUGCAACAGCUAUGAGGGCUACGAUUUUUACGGGGCACAGGAGCCCUUGCCCGCUUAUGCUGGCCGGCCAGUUUCGGCGCACUAUGGAGAGAAUGUGCCAAACUCUACGCUGACGUCAACUCAACUGAUGAGGCCGCGGUCAGCUGACUUCUUGGAGCGUGAUGACGAUGGCGAAGAGCCAUACUUCAGCAAGAAGAGUGCACCAGCUGUCGCAGCUAAACCCCGCCCAAAGUCCAGCAUGGCUCAUUACGAUUGGGAAGAUGAGGACGAGGCUCACGACUGGCGGGGGCAGCAACAGCAGCAGCAGUGGAGGUCUCGCACCAUGGAGACAGUGCCACAGGCAGGCGCUUUUCACGAUGAGUCACAGAUGGGAAGAAUGCCAUCAGCCAAGGCAGUGAGUGCAAGUGGAAAUUCAGCACAAAGCAAAAAGGCAGCUCACAAGGAACAAUCAAUGAAGCGACUACUGGAAUGGAAGCAGCGCAUGCUGCAGUCUCCCCUGUGCAAGAAGCCAGGCCAACAGCAGCAACAGCAGCAGUACCAUCAUCAGCAGCAUGUUGUGCCUUCUCCUCAAGAACUCCAGUCGGCAGUGCUCCGCAAAACACCAGUGCCCGAGUCCUCGCAGCCGCCCGAGCGGCCUCCGUUACCCGAAGAGUACAGAAGGCGGGCUUCUGAAGGCUCUAGGCCAAUGGACGGCAUGCCAGGAGGUCACUUCUUCAACACGGAGCCACGAGGAGAACCUGUGGGUAGGGCCCAAGAGUCGUCGGCACCACCAGGACCUGAUCUCAUCCAGCAUGCAAAGAUGUCACCUUCAAGGUACAGCGACAGCCCGGAUUAUGUUAACUUGCGGAACCUUCGUUGUGAUCCGGAAUUUUACCACGAGAAACAGUCUCAAAGUUACACACCCCCCGUUGUGCAAAGCCAGAAGCCCCUGCGUUCCUGCCUGAGCCAGUCAAGUGGUGACAGGAGACCGUUGCCUGCACAGCAUGAACAAGCAGGCACUGAUUGGAAUCAGCCAUCGUCAAAAGUAGAUCAAAGCUCUACUGGUUUGCGGGGUGAAAUCUCUUCGUUCAGUCACCGUCAUGAUUCUCAUAGCACAAUUCAGUCGCGUGCCUUUAGUCCCUUUGAGAAAGCCUACGCCAAUGAAGUACACAGCAGAUCUUACACUGAAGCACAUGACAAGCCUUGCACUGAAGACAACCGUUCUAACGUUUACGACACCGCUUAUGUUCAUUCUGACAGGCAGCUGAGCCCAACUAACAUUCUCGUGCAACGAGGCAACCAAAACGCAGCUGCUAGUAGUCAAAUAAACAGGGGAAAAACGGCUCAGCUACUGCAUGAGCAGUUCACUGAAGCCAGGCAGACAAGUUACUCUUCACCAGGUUCAUCUUUGCCAAGGCACCAGAAUGAUGAAUCAGCAUUUCUUGAGGAAAAGAGUUUGCUGCAAGGUAGGCAGGUCACGUCCCCUCACGGCAGCACUGUUAGAGACUCCAAGGGUGUCCUCAGGCAUCACAACACGCGGCUGUCGUCUGAUGACCGUGCCACUGAUCGGGACAGCAGUCUGUCAAGGUCAGACCAGGGCUUGAGCAGUCCACGACCUGAUGUGCCUCAAGAAAGGCUCUAUGGCAAUGCUGACAUGUGGCUUCACAAGAAUAUCUGUGGCUCUUCACGCACGUCACUGCGAGCUAAAAACACCCCGCAGGAUGAGGAAGCAUUCUACAUCAAGAAAGAAGACUAUUACAAAGCUUCACAAAUGUUCUAUCCCAAGCAGCCUGCUUCGAAGACUCUUCUAGGUUCCGUUUCUGACCUGGAAAGCAGUGGAAGCGGUGCUGCUGAAAUGGAGACCUUUGACAGCCGUUACCGUCGCAUCUCAGCCACACCGAAAAGUCCGCAGUGGGAAAUUGACAAGGAUGUCGGACUCCCUGUCCCUGACAACUUGGACCUUUCCUUCCAGUCGACUAGCAAUAAUUCUGUCUUUGAAGCAUCAUGCGAGUGCCAAACACCAGGGGAUCAGAGCCCGGAGCUGUUCCAGGGCACUCUGCGCCCCAAUCGAACAUACGUGAGGGACCGGCAACCCUCCAAGAGUCCCAUGCACCUUUCAAAAGACCUUGGCAACGACACCGAAGCAACCGAAGUGAAGACUCCUGUGGGCAACUCAAGCUUUGAAGAAAUGAGAGCUGCAUACCAGAAAAAGAAGGAAGCACCGCCUGUGAACAUAGUACAGGACAGAAUUAAGUGCUUUGAACCCAAAGAUGAGAAGAGUCCAAACCAUGGUGAAAGUGUUCGAGAAAGCUGGGAAGCUGCAGAGCAAAAGCAAAUUGGAGACAGAAACGCAUCAUCAUCGUGCAAUAAUGAAAGUCCACAGGACAUUGAGUUCAGGACCCGUGCUUCUGACGCUGAGAAGAUUGACUCUCUAGCAAAAUAUGGCAGCACGUCCAUCCUUGCUAGCCUACAUAGAAGCGCAGAGUUGAACCGAGAGGGCGCACAGCAUACACAUGGCGAUCAGCUCCGAGAAGAACAGGUGCAAAAGCCAGACACAGUUCUGUUUCUCAGGCACUGUCCGCAAGAACCACCUCCUUGCUCAGUGCAGUCUAAACCACCUGAGGCGCACUACCUUCCCAUGGGCUGGCUGACAAGUGAGGCAGAUUACGUUUCCAUGAAUGUUGAUCUUAGUCCUGGUUGCUCACUUGAAGAGCCAGUUUACAAUGAGCCAGUGUUGCCAGUCACUAGCUACGCUCAUGAGUCCUACGGAAAGUCUUCACUGGCUUGUCAAAUCCUUAAAUCUGAAAGUUCAGGGUCGAGCAGCAAUGGUUCAGCUGAAAACAUUUACGAGCAAGUCCAACAGACUUCCGAAGACUUGCAUGCCAUGCCGUACCACAGCAAUGGGAACAGUGUACAGUCUAAAAGAGAAAGUCCCCCUGUUUACGAAGAGCCAUACCGACUGGCACCUUCACAGCCUGAGAGCAAGUCACCUGAGAAGCCGAAGAGUCACGAGUUGUAUAUGAAAGACGGAUGCAAGCAGCUUGUGAAGAAGGCUAUCCCAGAUUUGUUGCACCAUGAGGAGGUCAAGGACUCUGGAGCCUCAGAUGCGGACGAUGAGGCUAGCCGGGCCGACUUUGACACUGCCACUUCAUCUCUGCCCAGCUACCAAAAGGAAAUUCUGAAUGAUCAUUUGUCUUCUGUACCUCUUCGUUCACCGGCACAGCCCUACUUACCUGUUUACACAUCACACACCACAAAAUACUCAUUCAAAAAGGAAAGAAAGCCUGAUGAUGCAACAUCAGUACAAAGUACUGAUGCUUUUAAAGAACCUGAGAAACGCAGCCCAAGCCAGCAUUCCAAGUUUGUGUCCUUUGCUGGAACGGCCACAUUGACAAAUUCCAAGAUGAACCCUGAUGCAUUUGUCAAAGUUUCUUCUUACCAAAGCGAGAACAGGCCCACUAGUAUUGGACUGUUAAAAAGCCUCGACGGCGAGACGAGCUCCAGUGAGGCUGGUUCUAGCUUGACCAGCUCUGUGGUUAAAACAAGCAGUGCAGAUGCCUCGCUUCGCAGCUCCUCCACUCAAGGCAACUUUAGUCAGAUUUCGUCGCCCCUUCUGUCUACUGCCCCUGACGUCUUGCCAUCGGAAGUUCGAAGUGUUGUUUCAGAGUGCAACUCCAAUAAGGUGCUAAACAGUAGCAACAGCAGCAGCAGUGCACCGUACUACUACUCUGACAUCUUUGGCGACAAGCUUGGAUCGGCUUUUGGCAGCUCAGCGGCACGACCUGCUAGUCAGCAAUCGCGUGCAACACCCAACAUGCUCAACAAUACUCGUGAUGUGACGUCAAUGUCCCCACAUUCCAAGGACCAUGUUGGUCGCAAGGUCAACAAGAUCUCAACUCCACAAGCUGGGCUUGGUGUCAGCCAUACACGCACCCUCAGUGAGCCGCAGUCGACAGCUGACUUGGAGAGCACCCUUCGCGGUCUCCUCCACCCUGCGAACACCCGCAAAUUUUCUGACGCCGAGCGCAACAAGUAUGUUGCCGGUCACACUCUCGAGAAGACAUCACAUAUGUCACGCUCUGUUCUCUGUCACAUGCGCAGUAAGCAGGCAGCUGAAACGAGCCAGCCAAUAUCGAAGGAAUGUGAUCCCCCUGCGCACCACUCUGAAGAAAGUGCCGGAUGUCGGAGCCCUGGGAGGAUGCUGCCGAGGCGUCUGUCUCGCUCGCUGGAAGACAUCAUCGACAGCUCACCGGCAGAGCAUGUGAGCCGCAGCAAGACACCUGUGAUACCGACAUGCUGUCAAGACGAGCCCUACUACGAAAACGUUGGGUUUGGUAGUGCACGUGCACAGGCGCCACCUUCGAAAGCACUCAGUGGUGCUAGCCCUCAGGUGUCGCCAGCAAAGCACAGUGUUUACGAUGGUGAGGAUUUGUGCAGGGAGUUUGUGGCUGCCAGUGUGCUGAGUGACCCACUUGGGAUCCUGAGAAAAUCUACUGGACAACUUCCUGCUGAAAAGCAGCAGAAGACAGCAGCUUGCAGCAGUGACUUCAUGCAGAUGGGUUCCUUGAGCGCCAGUCUGGGAUCGCUGAAGUUGUCUUCGCCCGAGCGUCAGGAGGCUCCUUUCUAUUCCAGCUGUAGCCCUCAGGUUGAAACAGGUAAGCGCUGCUGGUCAAAUGACUUCCCGAAGACUGCUGCUCAAGGCGAUCUGCACAGGCACAGUAUUGACAAUUUGCACACCCGUGGAAUGGAAGUUCAACCAAAAAAUUCUCCUGAAAGGGCCUCUCAGCCAACAUCUCCGUCCAGUCCAAACCUGAGCCAUAGCAUUUCGGCUGGUGAUCUACUAGGAAAAAGCCAUGAAGAGCUGGUCCUGCUCCUGAUUCAGCUGAGAAGAAGUCAAAGCAACUUGUUAUCGUGCCAACUCCAGUGCAAGGAAGAACUGCAGGAGUUAAAGCAAAAGCUUGUUCAGAGUGGCACACAGAGCAGUGCAGCAGACGUUCAGCGUUUGGUUGGCCUUCAACGGAGCUUGAACGAGUUGACAAGAAACCUGGACCUAACUCAGCCACUGAUCAGCUUGGUCGAGAACAUGGUCAAGCUCGGCAGUCUGUACACUGUUGCUGGCAUCAGCAAGCAGCACAAAAGAAUGGAUGAGGGCGAAGAUUAUCGCUACGAGGACACCUAUGCUGAGACUCUGGAGGCUGAAACACUAGAGAAGCAGCAGCUGCUGAUUGAAAAGGAAAUUCUACACAUUCAGAACAUGCUUGCUGAAAGCACUUCGUGUGGUAGUCCUCUCAAAGAUGACUUGGAGGUUGAGCUCAAGAGGCUUCAAAAGAUAGUGAAUGACCUACUUCAAAAGAAGAGUAAGGCAUCCAUGCCCCCCAACGCCUACAUGGAGAAAGAGCCUCAAGUGAAAGCAAAGCCUCCGGAACCAAAGCAUAGCCCCACUGGGAGUGUUCCAGAGCGAAAGCGCCACCAGAAAACUUACUACGAAACUGACCUUGACUCGUCGGUGACAAGUAACCUUGCUCUAGACAGCCGGCCGACAUCCUUGUGUGACAUAGUGACUACUUCUCAGGUUGUAGAACUGGAGUCGCCCAGCUUCUCACCUGAGCCUAGCGAUAUGGCUGAGGACAGGUCAUACGUGGUGCAAGACAUUAGCAAAGCAGACGAUCGUACUAAGAAGUUCUACGGGCUGCUGCCCCGGGACCGUGCACAAGAGAUCAAGACGGUGCGCAUUGUGAAGCGUGAGUCCGAGCGCAGGAACAAGGGCAAGGAGCGGCGGAAGGGUGGCCUCGACGACAGCUGCCCUUGGUUAGCCGAAGAAGGGGACUCAGCAGAAACCAGAACUCCAGACACCACUGUUUUAACGUAUGAAUCGUCAUAUGAAACCAAGAAGCCAGCUCAGGACAGUUCAAGCUCUGAAGGCAGAAGCGCGAGUUCGUCGUCGUCGGCGGAGAGCAUGUCUAGUGGCCAGCGCACGCCAGUCAAGAACGAGUCUCGUCGCAACAAGCGCCGCCACUACACCAUCUCUGGGAGCCAUCCUUUCCUGGAGCAGCAUUCACCGCCUAAAAUGCCCGCUGGCCUGCGGUCACGGGAUGACAUGGACAUGGAGCGAUGCCUGAGGACAGUCAACACGCCAGACAUUGUGCGCUCUACUAUCAAAAAGUCCGAAGUCUUCGACGAACAGACCAUCGAUAUGCAGAUUGGCCUGCCUCAGAAGAUUCUCAUUCCUGAGCGGUACAUUGAGGUCGAGUCCGAGAAUGUGUCCGCUGUGGAGCAGCUUCGAAGAAGCCUGAAAGCGGCCAACAUUCGCAAGAUGCUGACAGAAACUGUCGGGUACGAGGACCUUGGUGCCCGAGGCUCUGUGGAAGCGUUGCGGUCCAAGGUGGGUGAGGAAAAGAGGCGCCGGGCGCACCUGCUGGCGCUCAGCCACACCAUCGCGAAGGAGGUCAUGGAGCGAAGUAAGAUGGUUGCAGCGCACGUGUCCUACCAGGAAAACACAUAGUAAUGUGUUCCUCUGUGACUCCCUUUCCCGUGCCUCCUGCAUAAACACACACGCACAUGCAGUCUUGGGAGUCACACCCGAUUUCUGUGCCUUUGCCGUCCACACGCCACCUCUGCAUCUCUCAUCACAUCAGCUUGCACCUAGCAAACUUGAGGGCGGGGUUAUUGCUUUCAGUAUUUGUGGGCUACUUUUUUUUUUUUUUACUUCAGUUUGUAUCUUGUUCGUGUUCUGAAAAUGUCAGUUUUGCGCUUACGUGUUUUUUGUUCAUGUUGCAUCCUGUGUGCAACGCAUUCCCACCUGAAGAAUGUAUUAGUGAAGGCACACACUAUUGCGUCACUGCUAAGCCGCUAUUCAUUUUAUUUGCAUAUCACCCUGCCAUGAAUGUUCAUUUGCAUUGCAUCCCGCCUGCGACGUCGACCCACCUUGAAAACAUACUGUUUGUAGUGCAGUGAUGUUCUCUCUUGUUGCUCUCUUGCUGCGUCUGUUGUUUUUUUCUUUUUUUUUGGCACCCUUUGUGCCAACCUGUUCUGUCCCUUUCUCGCAUCACAUUUCAGCAUUGUGUAGUUACUUUCGUUGACUGUGGGGCCUAUGUCGAUGCAUUUAGAGGGCUAGCUUUAUUUGAUGGACAUUUUAUGUUCUUGGACACACCCCUUUUGCUUUAUUUUGUUCGUUUAAUCGCAAACUGGGCUGAUGCAAGUUUUUUCAUUAUUCGUCUUUUCGUGAUAUCUUGAGUUUUGAUGGGGUCGCUACUCAGCUGUAGGAGGUGCACCUACGUGUGUAAUAACUUACAGGUUUGCUUUCGACGUGAGGUGAAAUGCAGGCUAGCUUUUACUUUCGUUAAUGCUCAAGAAUUUGAAGGUCGUACCACAAGUGAUGGAAUACUACUAAGGUGCUCAUGGCUCAGCGUACUUACAACAAAGAUUUCUGCAGUGUUAUGAUUUAUGUUUCUUUUUUUUUUUCGUCUUUUUGUGUACUGUUGCAAUGGCAACUUGUCAUCUGUUGUGCUUUUCUCUUUUGAUAAUUUCACAGAGCUGUGCAUUUCAUACGAAAUCAUAUUUCUUAUGGUUGGUAGCUAGCUGGCUUAGUACUUAACUGCCAUUUUUUAGCCAUGUACCUUCCAGUACUCCGCAACAUAUGGCAUUCUAAACCUAGUGCUUAUACGUGAAAGCUAAGCUGAUGCUUAAAUUAUUUUAUUCUAAAUGACCUGUGCUAUUGUAUGUGCAAUUGCGGAGUAGGGGAUCGCAAUUUUUUUUUUUUUUUCCCUAGUGUAUUGUGGGGCCUGUGCAACGCUGCUAUAAGUACUAAACUGCUGCUCAGACAACUCCAUGGCUUUUUUAUAUAGAUACAUAUAUUCAUGUAUUUCAUGUAAGUUUUACAAACGAGAACGGGUGAAAAUUAGAGCGCGCUACUUAGUAUUCUUUUUUUAUCGCACAUUUACACUUUUACGUUCUUAAUGUUUUUACUUUUUUGUGACGAGAGCAGCUAGACCUCUUGUUUCUUUUUUAUUCGGAUCUUUGCGUGUGUUUCUGGAUUUUCACGACAGCAGUUGUCUGUCAACUAUUCAGUGCAUUCUUAAAAUUUUUGUUCCUACUCACGCGCACUUCUGUCCUACAGUAAUAAUAGCCACCAACUGGAAUGAACUUCUUUGGUUCACUUUGAGCAGUUGAUGUUUUCCUCUUAGCCACGCUUGCAUUGAGAGGAGCACAACCUAUGUUCCAGACCUAUUUUAAAAAUGUAUUCCCACUAAGAUUCAUGCCCAGUUUCACGGGGCAUGAAGUCCCUUGUCCUUAAUAAAUCAAUGAAAUUUUAUUUCAAUAUCAAAUAUACAUCGUGUUGGACGCAAACAAAAAGCCAUUCAUCAGGCUUGAUUAGGUCUGCAACCCCAUACAUGGCAAGUAGCAAAAGAAAGAUCUAAAACUAAAAGUUAAGUAAUUAACAAUUAAAUACACAGGAGUUUGCUAUUGCAAUAAUAGAAAGGCAGAAGCCUAAACCGGAAUAAGUAAAGCAUAUCGAGUUAAAUAACUAAAUCAUAAAACAUAAUAACAUGCCUAGAGUGAUGCCGAAUUUAAGUGCUGAAAUACUGAUAAAAUAAUUACUAUGUACAGCGUGAAAGCAACAAAAAUGUGAAAUACGAAACAAUGCAAAUGCACUGUGAAGCAACAGCUCGAGAGCAAUACAUACCGAGGCAUUCGUUGGUAUAGAAACCCAUAAAAAUCCAAAUGUUUGCACUUGACCAAAUCGGAUUAUUGGAUUCAACUUAGGUGUUUUUUUUUUUUUAUCAGACAGAUGCAAAGUGUGCUUUAAGUGAACAUUAAAGAAUACUACCAGGUACAUGAAAUUAAUCGAAGCAUGCCCGCCACCACUACACUAUGCCGUCUCAGCCUGUGAGUGGGUUUGCCGCGAUAAGUCCCAUAAUUUGUAUUCCAUUUUCCUUCUUUAUUCUAUUCUACUUGGUGCUGUCCUCUUCAAUAACACUUGUACAUACAUGCACAACAUAUUGAGAGAAAUAGUCCAACCUGCAACAUUCCUUUACCGUAUUUUUGUGUGUGUUGCCCGCACCAGGAAUUUGUAAUGUUUAAAAAGUACACAUUGGGUUAGCAAAUUCUUCCCUGCUGUGUUUCUUCAUGGCAUCAUGCUUUGCGUCACCCCACAGCUUUCCAAGAAUAGCUUCAAUAAUAAUGCAGCUUCAAUAAUGACUGAAUAUGUAAAAUUGUUUUCUUCUAGCUUUCCACUUUUUUUUUAUAUGCAGUUAUGUGGAGUUAGUGACAGGUUAAAUGUGUGGAAAUUAUAAGCGUGCUUAUUCUACUAUGGUGACUAUUAUCAUUGUAGGACGAAAGUACUUCUCAGAAGGUGCAAGGUGUUGUUGACAGCGUAGCUACUUUGUCUUACGAGUGUGGCUGAGAGAGCUGGGGAGUACAGUAGAAUGUCUUGGAUGCACCUUGGGGAAAGGAAAUAAAAAGUGAUUAAAACAUCGGUCGUGCCACCAAUAAAUCUCUUCACAAUAUAUAUCAAUUCUUUAUUUUAGACCAUACAGAAUCUUCAAAAAUAGCCAGUGGUAGAUAGCACAAUUCGAGUCUUUAAGCUGGAUUUCUCGUAGAGGUGGACAUAAUUUGCACUAGAAAUCAAAAUGCAUAAUCAACUAGCUUAACAAACUGGUGUCAUCCUGCGAAUUUUUUCCAAGUGGAUCCGGCUUGACAACUAGCGGGCUACAAUUCAUCAGUUGCUAUGUGCCAUAAAGAUAUGUAGUUAAAAAAUUAAUUAGUGAUAGAUUGUUAACUAGUUUAUUAUGCAUUUCGAUUUCUCAUACAAGUAAUGUCUGCUUCUUCAAGUAAUCCAGCUUGUAAACAGGAAUUUUUCUAUCUGUCACAGUCAAUAUUUAAAAAUUAUAUAGGGCUAGAAAAAAACACCUGGUAUAUCGCCCAAGAAAACUGUGGUCCAUAUAAGGUACUUUUAAAGUGGCCUUGCCGAAUCACACGAGUGAGGAAUACGUCUACAGUGUCUAUGAAGUUCUGCUGUAAUUCCCAGAGCAUGGCCUCACAAUGUUGGUGUAAGAUAUGCUGCACUUUGAGUUUGUGCAAGUUUGUUGUGCUAAUGUUUUGGUGUAUUGUAAUAACACUUUUGUGAAUCAUUUCUGUGUCCUUAUUUGGUUGUUUGUCAGUGUUCCCAUUUGUAUUGUUUCUUUAUUUUGCUUGUAUUAACAAGCUAUUUUUUGCUCAGGCUUGGUUGUGCUGGUUUAUGGUGGCAUUUUGAAAUGAUAGGGCAGUGACAUACCAAGCAAGCAUUGUGCUUCAAACUGUUCUGCAAGAUAAGCAAGAAGGCAUGUCAUAUGAUUGGUAGUUGGGGCUAACCAUUAUUCAUAAUUUGUGAUAAGUGCUUUCUGCGUUUUUUGUUUACUUAUGCUUACUGCCUUAUUUGAAAUAGCUUUUAAAAUUCGCUAUUACGACUACAAUAACGGGGCUACUGUUAGGAGAACUGUGUUUGCAUCAGUAGUACGAAUGUUUAAAUAUGAGAGCAGCCAAUGGGUGUGCAAUUGCAGAUCGCAGUCUAGAUCUGUUAGUGUAGUAAUGUAUUAUUAUGGUGCCUCCUAAUAUAUUAAUUAAGGAGUCCGAAACUUUUCCCAACAUACAGAAGAUAUUUCAUCAAAGGGAUCAUUUCUGCAUGGUUAACAAUGAUUUUAGAAUUAGGAUAUUUGCAUUACACUGAGUAGUAAUUGGCACAGUGUAAAUAGAAUUUGAGCAUUCAAUUGCAUACUGUGCAGCCACAGUUCUAUUAAGACUUAGUAAUUGGUUAACUGUCUGGUUUCCUUUAGGUUAAUGAUAUCUUCCACAGAAUCUCAGCCUUAAAUGUUGCAGGAGGGGAGACAAAAAACAUGCUUUUUUUUGUGUGUGUGUGUGUGUAUCGAACAGGUGGUUGAAGCAAAACCUAGAAUAUGGAAUACUUCUUGCAGCCCACAUCAAAUUUCACAAUGCAGCAACAUAGCCAUUCAUUGUUGGCUACUGUUAAAAUGCUGGUUGUUGCACACCAGUUUGUUCCACAUGCUUGUAAGGUGGCUAAGCACUUUGAAGCUCCAAAUUUUCAGGGAUCAACAGUUGCCAUGUGACCUUGAAGCUCUCUUUGUUAAAUGUAAUUGGCAUUGUCUUCACCAUCAAAGACAAUGGCGCAUACAGGCCAGACGCCUCACAAGGUGUCCACUUUAUACAUGUAAAUUUUGUUUCCCAUGACUGUUAUCAGUAUUUUUGUGAUAUCUGCCUAUUUGUAUGACUUUGCCCUAGACGUUCACACCACUGCAGCUUUUAUAUCUUUUAAUCGCCAAUGACCCGGUCACAUUUUUGCAUGCGCGGCUACUAACAAGGAGGUUAUCGUUGUUGCUUUGCACUUUGCUUUACUUUAGUGGUUAUGGUUAUGACUUGUCAUGACACAUUCUCAAAAGUGCCGUCAAGUCCUUUGCUUGAAAAAGUAGUCAUGGCAUUGGUUAAUCAUCAUACAGUACUACAACCUUCAGCUGUUUCUGAUUUCUAAACAGUUACCAAGUGCAAUGUUCCUGCUAUGUCUGGUGUGGUACAAAAAUAGGCUGUACCUGGCAUAGUAUUCUUGUCACAUCGAUGCAUUCAAAAUACAACAGCUUUCAUGAUCAGGGAGCGUAAUUGAGUCUAGUGUUGAUUUUAGUGUAUUUGCACAGUAUGAUACUUAUUAACAGAUGAACAGUAAAGGGAUCUUUUGAAAGAACUUGCCAUUGAAUACAAUCAUCAUAGUUUUAUAUUAACUUCAGUGAAACAAAACAAAAGUGAAGCAAAGUGCAGCUCUUGUAGCUCGAGUGCGAGUUUUCUAAUGGCUGUGACUGUGUGUGAAAGGCUUAUGUGAUUAAUAAAGACCCAUCCAUUUUUA